CCUAAAAAAUACACAAAAAAGUGUGUCCCUGACUCCCCUGUGUUGUGGGCCGAAGAGCAGUUUACGUUCAGCACGAGAUUCUCGCUGAGCAUUGCGGAUAGCUAAGGCGCCAUUUUGGGAAGGAGACAAGCAAAAGCGGCAAAAAUUAAAAAGAAAAAGGAAAAAAAAGAACACAUUAAACAGAAUAGGUAGCACGAUUUUUUACCGGAAUAUCAAAAACAGUACGUGGCUUAAACGAGAGAUUGUAUGCGUCCUAUGAGAAAGGGAAAAAUAGCCAAUAGUGUCGGGUUUCGCAGAAGCCAAGGAAGAGCCAAAUUCUCAGGAGCUAAUCAGUUGUUGUAUGGUCAGUAAAGAAAGUGGCAGUGUCGGUAUUUACCUAGUCUGGUGAAUACGAAAGUAAGUCUCAUCUAGGUGAAGAACUGUUGAUUGCAAAUCAAUAUCAUUGAAAAGUCCUAUGGAAACAAAUGUGAUCAACCUCCGGAGCAGCGAAAGGAAAAUAUUGUUGUAAUGUAUUCCCAAUGAAACAAAGAAGACAGAUGUCCUUUUGGAAGUGACAUUUUGCAAGAAGAGAUUAGGGAACCCCAUUAAACGUUAAAUAUGAAUUUUUAAAGUAGUCCAGGGAUAUGUAGAAAUUAAUUUACAAUAAUCUACAGUACAGUAUAUGCUAACCUUGUUCACAAAUGUGGUGGUUUGGCAUGGACCAAGCAUGAAUCCAUGGCAAGCUGAUUGAGGAUUAAGUGGCCAGCAUUUGCAAAAGGACCCGAUCUGCAAGAGCAACUUGGCAGAAGACUUUCGGGAUUUAUUUAUUUAAAUUUUAAUAUUUGCUUGAGAAAGAGAACAAGAAACAAACUGGAACAGAGCGGUUGAAAGUGCACCUGUGGGAACGCCUUGUUGUGUAGUAGUUUGGACCUGCCAUGAGGUGUUAAUGCCUUGUUCAAUAUUCUUAAGACCUAGACCUAAAUGGCGCAGCAUGACUUUGCUCCAGCCUGGCUUAAUUUUCCUACUCCACCUUCGUCAACAAAGCCGUCUCUAAACUGUGAAAAACAACAUGAACCAAAUGUGCGCCUGCACAACCGCAGUGAUGUAAAUCACAGACGACGUAAUUCUUCUGAUGGGUUUGAAUCUUCUAAUGGCUGUACUGGAGGAGGAAAUUUUGGAAGGAAGGAAAAGAAUGGUUGGCGAGGAAGAAAUGGUUCUGAAAGUGUGAAUUCCCGUGGUGGUUACCAUGGUGUAAACUCCCGCUCCAGGGCUGGUGUGUUUCACAGUGGAAAGAACCAGGUGCUACGUGAAAGUAACUCAACUAGGAAUGAAAAUGGGAAAAGGGAAGAAAGAGAAGCACGCAAGCAAUUUGAGGCUGAGGAUUUUCCAUCCCUUAAUCCUGAGUCUGAAAGAGAGCAAAACCUGAGCAAAUCUGUUGCUGCUGGUGUAUGGGGAGAACAUCCACCGAAUCCAAAAUCAAGAACUUCCAAAAUGAUGGUUAUCAAAAAGGUCUCUAAAGAAGAUCCAUCUUCUGGAUUUCCUGCUGCAGGACCUCCCCAUCAGCAACCAACCAAGAACGGAACGGGUCUGAGUGUCUUUAAAGGGUUAGUCCCGAAACCUGCUGCCCCACCUGUAAAGGGCAGCCGGUCAAGCUCUUCAUCACCCGUAGACAAGAUGACUCAGCCUCGUUUAAUGAAACUGACACGUGUACGAUCAGAUAAGAAGAGUGAGUUUUUGAAGGCUUUAAAACAGGACAAGGUGGAUGAAGAAGAUCAUGAUGACAGAAAUCAAUUCAAGGAUGACGAAACACUUAACAUGCAGAACAGUAACAAUAGUCAUCGAUGUAGGGAUGAGAAUCUGAAUAGAUAUGAAAACGAGGUCCCUCGAGUGAAUGGUAAUGCACUAGUGAUCCGCUCCUCUACCUUCCCACAAGCUGAUGUUCUCUCAAGCUCUCUCGAGGCAGAGCACAGGCUUCUAAAAGAGAUGGGGUGGCAAGAAGACAGUGAACACGAUGAGACUUAUGCUCCUUUAACAGAGGAUGAGAUGAGGGAAUUCCAAGCCAUUAGUGAACAGCUGCAGAAAAAUGGCCUUAGAAAAAAUGGUCUUUCUUGUGACUUUAAAUUUGGCACCUGGAAAAACAGCACUUUUAAACCCACAGUUGACAAUGAUGAAGCAGAAACAAGCAGCAGCGAUACGUCAGAUGACGACGAAAUGUAAAAUAUGUUGGCAUUUUGUGGACUGCCUAAUUGUGGUGAUUUUUUUUUUUUUCCCCACUAAUCUCUUGUGCAGUAAGCUGCAAAAAUAAAUAAAUACUGGGUUUCAGAAAGAAACCCACUUUGAGAAAUUUGACGGACAUCUUUGUAAUGAAAGAAAGACAGAGUUCUCUAUUGGCCUGAAUUAAACAUUGCUUUUUUUGCUCUGUAAAUGGCCUUUGUAGUAAAAAAAAAAAAAAAAUUUAAAUUUCGUUGGAAUUACUUCUUCACUGCAAAUCGGAGGUUUGCUGCAAUGUGACAGAAUAUCUAACAUGGAAAGAGUCAAUAAAAAAGAUUGCAAUUUAA